AUGGCGGCGGAGAAAUGCCAGAGAGACGCGGUGGAUUUCUGGGGUAUAAAAAASUCUCUUGAGGUUGGAGGACACAGACUAGACCAAGACCAAGGACAAGCUAAAGAUGUUGACGUUUGUCUUCCAGGUUCUGGUAAAGCAGAGACUGUUCGGGCCGUGGAUGUCCUGACGGUGCUCAGAGAGAAAGUGGCCUUUGUAUCAGGUGGAAGAGACAAACGAGGCGGACCAAUUCUUACCUUUCCAGCAAGGACCAAUCACGAUCGAAUAAAACAGGAAGAUCUCAGCCGACUGGUCACCUACCUGUCAACAGUUCCCAGUGAGGACGUUCGAGCUCGUGGCUUCACUGUUGUGGUGGACAUGCGYGGCAGUAAGUGGGACAGCGUGAAGCCAGUGCUGAGGACGCUACAGGAGUCAUUUUCCUCCAACAUCCACGCAGCUCUGCUCAUCAAACCGGACACCUUCUGGCAGAAACACAAGACCAACCUGGGCAGCGCCAAGUUUAGCUUUGAGACCAGCCUGGUGUCAGUGGAAGGCCUCUCCCGGCUCAUCGACCCCUCCCAGCUUACGGCRGACCUCGGCGGCUCUUUGGAGUACGACCAUGUGGAGUGGACCGAGCUUCGUUUGGGACUCGAAGAGUUCUCCGGAGCUGCARCGCAACUUCUGACUCAGCUGGAACAGCUGGAGGSCGGCUUGAACCGCAUACCAGAGCCCAAAGACGUGGACGAGGCCCGCAAACUUCUAGAGGAACACAGUCGUCUCCGGAACACRAUCGCCACCGCACCAGURGAUGCCCUGGACAGAGAGGGRAAGAGCUUGCUUCAGCGAAUGCGCCUAGGCCCCUCACAUGGUGACGGCUCCACUGAGGGCGGKGGAGGCGGKGGAGGAGGCGGCACCUGGCUGUCAGGGGGKACUGACUUCCAGAGUGUGGCCCCAAAGGUUUCCUCUCUGCUGGACCGGCUGCAGGCUGGUCGCACCCACCUGCUCCAGAGCUGGAGCGACAAAAARCUGCACCUAGACCAGGGUCUCCAGCUGCACCUGUUYGAGCAGGACGCCACCAAGAUGUCGGAGUGGAUCGCCCACAGCAAAGAGCUGUUCAUGCAGAGUGUGACAGAAGUCGGUCAGAACCACCAGCACGCUGUCGACCUGCAAACACAACACCAGCACUUCACCGCCAACUGCAUGAACGGGAGCGUAAACGUGGACAGCGUGGUCACAGUGGCAGCAAGACUCGCCGAGGCCGGCCACUAUGGAGCAGAACGCAUCGCCAUGGUGUCGUCACGGUUACAGGAAGACUGGAAGGCAUUGACGACCGCCCUGGAGGAGCGCAGCAACACGCUUGCCAUGGCAACUGGCUUCCACCAGGGGGCAGAGCAGGUACCGUUACGUCCAACACUCAGUAAGCCAUUAUGGACUGAAGUAAUGUUAUGUUUUAUACGCCACAUCGCCUCACAGUUCAUUGACUGGUUCCUWCUGCGGGUGGAGGGUUGGGUGAAGACKUGCUCUGAAGGUCCCUUACCGACUGCAACAGCAGAGCUGGAAGCUGCAACUAAAAAGCACCAGGAGCUAAACGAGGAGAUAUCUGCCAACUACACGCAGGUAUUGGCCUGA